AUGAGCAGCGAAGAAAAUAAGAAUAAGAUCAAAUCAAAAGAUAUAGACAGAUCAAGUUUGAUCAAGAAACAUAAUGGGAAACAAGGAAUAAGUGCUUAUAAAGAUUAUAUUGUAGCAAAGGGUGCAUCAACAGCCGAUGCAUCUGAAUUGGAACCAAUUGGUAUCACAGACUUGUCAGUAGAUACUGUCAACACUGGUAGAGUGUUGGUAGUUAAAACAAUUGCUGAUGCAUACGUUAUAUCAGGUAAUGGUACCAUUCAACUAUUGGUCAGUGAUCAAACUACAGAGUCAGGAACAGCAGCAGACAACAACAACAACAACAAUAACCAUGCAAUAAUUGUAACGAUUAGAAACUUUAGAUUACCAGGAAAGGUAAUAAAUGAAACAUCAUUGCUAUUUCCACGCGGUGUUGUACUUGCCAUCAAAGAACCAAUUGUCGUUACAAUCUCUGACAAUGUGUUUGUUCAUAUCACUCAUUCCAAUAACUUUGACUUUAUCGAAGAUGUCAACUACUGUCAUCUUGUCAAUGCCGAGUGGAAGGAAUCGCUCGCUGCCAGAUUACCAAAAGAUAUCGAAGGAUGGCGUCUACGAGGAAAUGAUUUCUACACGCAAAGAUAUUAUGAUCGUGCUCUCUCUUGUUAUGACCUUGGUCUUGCUGGGUUUGACAAGGAUCAUUCGAUCUUGCAACUCAACAAAUUGGCUGCAUUGUUGGCACUCCAACGAUACUAUGAAUGUAUUCCACUUGGCUUUUUGCUCUUGAAAAAGCUGCCUCAAGAGAUCAAGAUCUAUGCAAGAAUGGGUAAAGCAUACUAUGCGCUUGGUCUCUACGAGCAAGCGAGUGAUAGCUACAAAAAACUAUUAAAAAUAUCACCAAAGUACGAAGAGGCGGUCCUAUACACCAAGAAAUGCAAGGAAAGAAUAGAAGAAAGAGACAAUGGUAAAUACGAUCUCGAAAAGAUUCGUAAACAAGUCAAAUCAGAAGUAGGUCAUAUGGGCAAGGAACACGAGCAAUUUGCAGACUGCAGUGAAUACCUUGGACCGCUGGAAAUUAUUCUAACCGAGACGAUGGGUCGUGGUCUCGCCGUAACAAAAGAUGUACCAUUUGGAACGCUGCUAAUGGUAUCAAGAGGUAUUGGAAGCUCGGAUCGUAGUGACCCGGAUCUUAACAAUAUGAUGGAGGCGAUUAAACAAGCCACCAAACACAAUCCUCUUCUCAAAGCACAAGUUUCUCAUCUUUAUUCUGGGGGUGAUCAAUUGACAACGCCGGCCACGAUAAGCGACUUUAACCAACUCGACGGUCCCGCCGCCAACAAACCCAUUGAACAGGCGCGUAUUGAAGGCAUCCUUGCACACAAUAUGAUUUUGGAUCGUGAUUAUCAGUCGGCGACGGUAUCGCCGUUGGCCUCGCUCAUCAACCACAGUUGUCUUGGUAACGCCACGCGGUUCCGUAUUGGUGAUAUGAUGUUUACGUAUGCCACCACCAAUAUCAGAGCCAACCAAGAGGUGUUUGUCAGCAUCAACAACCUAAUGUUGCCAUCUUACAAGCUCAGAAUGGAGCAUAUAUCCAGACUUGGUGUGACAAACUGUCGCUGUAUGCUGUGCCAAUCCGAUCUCCACGAACCCAACCACAUCCGAGAAGCUCGACACCAACUCGACCAAGUCUUUAGAAGCCAAUUCCAACAUCGACAGGGCAGACUCGGCUCGAGCGAUAUACCUCUCCUCAAAACCCAUAUCAAAGCUGUCAAGACUCUCAACCCAGACUUUAAGGAGCGUCUUGCCUUUGAUUUGUUUUCUCCACUCGGUUGCCUUGCCUCGAUCAGCGAGGACAAAGAUGCUUUAAAGGUGGUUUCGGAAAUCCUUCAUGCCUCUGGUAUCAACCUCGACCUAUUCGAUGCCGAGAACAGACGACCAUCGCCAUCAACUACACCGAUCAAAUUUACGAUACCGUGUCCUCGUGUACCAUUCUACUAUGAAAAUACCACCGCGCUUUUAAAUAUGGCGUUUCUCACUCUUACUAUAAACCCACUGCAAGUCAUGAUGGCGCGUUGUCUACUUGCACUAUUUCGUCAAUGUUCAACCAUCUUUGAAGGUUUAACUUUUAAAGAACAAGAUAUUGAAUACCUUAAAAAAGGUGCUUCUAAAACAUUAUUAACUUUUCAUGAUACUGUUGAAUUAAUCAAUAAAUAA